AUGCUGUCCCGCGCCGUCCUUCGCCUCAACGCGUCGCCGCUGGCCUUCACGGCAGCCCGCAGCUUCUCGGGUGCUGCGCCCAAGGCGGCGGCGCGCCCGAUGCGCCCGAAGCACACGGGCCCACCCACGCUCCAGUCGACGGUCGCAGAGAUCAAGUACCUCAGCCAGGUCUACUCGAUCGCUGCCGCGUCGGCGCACUUGCCCAAGAAGAAGCUCGAGUUCGUCGUCCGCGAGAUCAAGGGUGAGAAGGACCUUCCUCUCGUGCGUGAAGCGCUUGAGCUUUACGAGAGCCGUUUCCUCCACAUCCCGACGUACUGCUCCGGCACGUUUGUGAGCAAGUGCAUCAAGACGGGCCAGGCCGACUUGGCCCUCGAGUGGAUGCAGGGCAGCAAGAAGCUUUCCAAGCACAUCGAAAACGGUUCGGCGGCCAACCUCAUCGCCGCCUUUACGGAAAAGGGCGAGUUCGAGAAGGGCCUCCAGGUCUACACCACCCUCAAGGCCCACGGCAUUGAACUGACGACCAAGGUUUUCACGGCCUUGAUCCAGUUGAGCAAGGCGCAGGGCAACAUGGACCAGGCGUGGGCCUUUGCCCUCGAAGGCUGCUCGGGCAAGAUGCUCAACGCCCACGGCCUCAUCACGCUCCUUAAGGACUUGCCUGCGGACGACGUCGCUGCCAAGGCGGCGCACGUCAAGCAGCUCAUGACCCUCGGCAGCGUGCACUCGAACGCGACGCUCGACAAGCUCCUCGCGCCGGCCGCUGCCGUCGAAGAAGAGCCCGUCGCGGCCGAGUAA